AUGGAGACCCGUCGAGUGGACUUUACCAACAUUAAGUGCAAUAGUUACGACAGAAACUUUUCCAUUUUUGAAUAUUGUUAUAUUAAGGCUGUCAACCGAACCCUGAAACAUGUCUCCCUCAAGGUCCUGCUCUUGCAGGUUCCAGUAAAUCAUUUCAAGGUAAACAUUGCGCUCUAUAAGCGUUCUAAUGGCCAGUCGCCUUUCAACUAUAACUUCACUUUCGAUGGCUGCAAAAUGCUCGACGAAGUCCAGAAUCCCUUCCUAUCCUUUUUGUUCAAAGCCUUUAAGACCUACACAAACAUCAACCACUCGUGUCCAUAUGACAAUGAUGUAAUUGUGGAUAGGCUGCCCACCCUCUUCAUACACGAGAAGCUGACCACAGUCUGGCCUUUUCCGGAGGGCGACUACGUGUUUUCAAGCAACUGGAUUACCUCGGGGGUCAACCGAGCCAAUGUCAGGAUACAUGCCUCGUACUCUUGA